AUGGCAAUUUCUGACGCCCCAGAAGGCCAUACGGCGGCCACCUCGCGGAGUGUGUCAGCAGAUGGCGGGGAGAAGGGCGACGGCACGACUUUGCGACCUAUGACAACAACAAGCACCCGCACCAAAUCGCAACCUCGACCUCGACCUCGACGUCCCCUUCUAGACCGGAUCUUGGAGGCUCAAAUCCAGCUAACACUUGCAUUGAUUCUCGGCCUGGCUGUUGCUCACCUACUAUUUCCCCAAGUACGACCCUUUACACGCAAGUUUUUCAUCCUAUCCUAUAAAACUCCCGUAUCUUCUGGAGCAGUUUAUAAGCAAGGCAUUGAUGAUGUGUAUUUCGUGCUGGGAUGGAUCGUAUAUUUCACGGCGCUCAGAGCCAUCUUCAUCGAGUGGCUGUUGCAGCCUCUGGCUAGAGUCCUGGGUGUUGGUAAAAAGAGCCACUUGCGAUUCGCCGAACAAGGAUGGAUCUUUCUUUACUACUCCACGAUGUGGGCGCUGGGGAUGUCUUUAUGGUAUAAUUCUGAGUACUGGCACAGCCACUCAAACCUGUGGACUGCCUGGCCGUCCAGAGACAUGUCCGGCAUGUUCAAGCUAUACUACCUCGUCCAGCUGUCGUUUUCUGCGCAGCUUCUCCUGGCCAUUCAUAUGGAGGUUCGCCGAAAGGACUAUGUGGAGAUGCUCACACACCACAUCAUCACAUGUUCUCUGAUCUCAAUUACCUAUGUAUAUCGAUACACUCGAGCGGCGAAUGUUGUACUUUGCCUAAUGGACUUCGUUGACAUUCUACUCCCAUUUGCCAAACUUCUUCGCUAUCUUCGCUACGAAACGGCUUGUAAUAUCGCCUUUGGGAUAUUUGUAGUAUCGUGGUUUAUUACUCGGCAUGUAUUGUAUCUGCAACUCUUGUGGGAUACCUUCAGAGACGUCCCAGGGGAGAGGACAAUGCUCUACGGCUGUUAUGAUGGUGCGACGAGUCAGAGGAUCCCAGAAAUGCCGGCCCACCCCGACUAUCUCUCCCACCUGCUCUGGCCAUUCCAAGAUCUCGAUGGCGUUAUCUGCUUAAACACAGAGGUUAAAUAUAUAUUCCUCGGCAUGCUCUUCCUGCUACAUACCCUAAGUUCCAUCUGGUUCGUCAUGAUUCUCAAAGUCAUUGCGGGCAUUCUGUCUGGAAAAUCGGCGGAAGAUAUAAGGAGCGACGACGAGAGUGGCGAGCAACAAAAGGAAUUUUCGAUUGACGAUCUGAAUCCUUGUACCGGGGCUGGCAGCGAGCUUCUUAGCCAAGAAUUGGAAAGCUUUUUAGUGGCGACGAGGUUUCCUGGUGAUACCGAAGCCCCAGAACAAUUCACAAAUCUUGGAAGUGAAUCGAGUCGUGGAAGGACCAUGACUUCCAGGAUGCAGAGGACGCCGAAACCGACAACUGCAAGGAGGAGACUCAUGGGUGCAGAGCACAGAAAAGAGCUAUUGAAUAGAAUUGGGUGCGAGAAACAGAUUGGAGAAUAA